AUGAUAUUUUCGUCAUCAAAUCGUCGUCAUAUAAUUCAUGUUUGUUGUUUUAUUAUAUUUAUUUUCGUAUUUGAAAUCAUAGCCGGUGGUAUAAAUAUAUUUCCAUUAAAUAAAAUAUCAUCAAAUUUAAUUGUAUUAAUAUCAAAUCCAAUUGAAUAUUAUGGUUUAUUAUUAACAAUAAUUAUUUAUUUUAUACGUCUAUUAUCUUUAUUACCAUUACCAUUAGUUAUAUGUCAUACAUGUGGUUUAAUUUUAUAUAAUAUAUUUCCUGAUCGUCCUGAAUUAUUAAAUUCACCAUUAUUAGGUCCAAAAAUUCGUAUACGUGUUGUAACACGUGGUGAUUAUCCAGAUUUAGUUAAUACAAAUGUUAAAAGAAAUCUAGAAACAUGUGCAAAAGUUGGUUUAGAUAAUUUUCAAAUUGAAAUUGUAACUGAUAAAUAUAUAAAUCUACAUAAUUUACCAAUUAAUAUGGUACGUCAAGUUGUUGUACCAGAUACAUAUCGAACAAAAUCAGGUGCUUUAUAUAAAUCACGUGCAUUACAAUAUGCAUUAGAACCUGAUGUUAAUCAAUUAUCAUCAGAUGAUUUUAUUGUACAUUUAGAUGAAGAAACAUUAUUAACAGAAAAUUGUAUACGUGGUAUAUUAAAUUUUGUUAAUUCAAAUGAAUAUGAUAUUGGACAAGGUCUUAUAACAUAUGCUAAUGAAACAAUUGUUAAUCAUAUAACAACAUUAGCUGAUAGUAUGCGUGUUGGUGUUGAUUUAGGAUGUUUAAGAUUUUGUUUAAAAAAAUUUCAUCGACCACCAUUUUUAUUUAAAGGUUCAUUUGUUGUAUGUCGUGCUGGUUGUGAAUUUGAUGUUGCAUUUGAUAAUGGACGUGCUGGUUCAAUAGCUGAAGAUACAUAUUUUGCUAUGUUAGCUAUGUCAAAAAAUAAAAAAUUUGGAUGGAUUGAAGGUGAAAUGUGGGAAAAAAGUCCAUUUACAUUAGCAGACUUUGUUAAACAACGUAAACGAUGGUUACAAGGAAUUUUACUUGUUGUUCAUGAUAUACGAUUACCACUUCGUGUUCGACUUGGUUUAGGUAUUGCACUUUAUUCAUGGGUUACAUUACCAAUAACAUCAUUAAAUGUUAUACUUGCACCAUUAUGUCCUAUACCAUUACAUUGGACAUUAAAUUUUCUUAUAAAUUAUGUUGGUGCUGUUAAUAUUUAUUUAUAUAUAAUUGGUGCCGUUCGAUCAUUUUCAUUAGUACGUUUAGGUUAUGCACAAUUUAUAUUACGAAUAGUUGCUACAUUAGCAACAAUUCCAUUUGUUGUUGUAUGCGAAAUAACUGCUGUUUUAUGGGGACUUUUUAGUGAUAAAGGAAAAUUUUAUGUUGUGGAUAAACAAUUAAAACCACCGGCAAGAAAAAUAAAUUUUCCUUCAGGUAUUUCUAUUUGCAUUGUUGUUCUGGCCUCGACUGGAGCUAAUUCUACUGUAAAAGACGAUCACUCGUCGUCUUCAGCUGCUGCCGGAGGUGCUAAAUCAAAAUCAAGCUCGAUGAGUUCGUCCGAAGAAGUUUCAUGGAUUUCAUGGUUCUGUGGUCUUCGUGGUAAUGAAUUUUUUUGUGAAGUUGAUGAAGAUUAUAUACAGGAUAAAUUUAAUUUAACGGGUCUUAAUGAACAAGUACCACAUUAUAGACAAGCACUUGAUAUGAUUCUUGAUCUUGAGCCUGAUGAUGAACUUGAUAAUCAAGAAAAUCCAAAUCAAUCAGAUUUAAUUGAACAAGCUGCUGAAAUGCUUUAUGGUCUGAUACAUGCACGUUAUAUUCUUACAAAUAAUGGCAUAGCACAAAUGCUUGAGAAAUUCCAAAAUGGAGAUUUCGGUCUAUGUCCUCGUAUAUAUUGUGACAAUCAACCAAUGUUACCAAUUGGCUUAUCUGAAGUUCCAGGUGAAGCUAUGGUUAAACUUUAUUGUCCAAAAUGUAUGGAUGUUUAUACACCAAAAAGUUCCCGACAUCAUCAUACUGAUGGAGCAUAUUUCAGUACAGGUUUUCCUCAUAUGCUCUUCAUGGUUCAUCCAGAAUAUCGACCAAAACGACCAACAAAUCAAUUUGUUGCUCGACUUUAUGGUUUUAAAAUUCAUUCAAUGGCAUAUCAAUUGCAAUAUCAAGCAGCAGCUAAUUUUAAACAACCGAAUCCAACUUCGGUUGUUUCAAAUACUGCGACUGGUGGUGGUGGUGGUAAUGCUACGACCACAACAACAACAACUACAGCAACUCGUCCACUUAUUAAAGAUUGA